AUGUCCUCCUGGAUACACAAAAACAAGACGACGCCAUCAACCAUUUGGCGACAGCAGCUCCUCGAUGACAUGAAGGCCCUUUGCGAAUCAAGUGCUGCGAUGAUCGACAAGCUGGAAGAGAAAGUGCAGUACCUGGAGAGUAAAGUUAUGUACUUGAAAACGAGCUGUGAGAAGCAGCACAAAAAGAAACAACCUGAAGACGAGAAGAUGGAACAUGACGUCGCUCAGGGGUCCUGGGGAAAGGAGACCAUGCGAGCCGAUGGCAAAGUCCGGGACAUCUCCUACGUAGAAUUCUGCAUCUCUAUUGACUGGCUGGUCUGGGUCGUACAUAACAGAGCGGCCGACGCGCACGUGCUUGAUUCGGCCGCGGAAGUCGUGGACGCCAUCAACCACAUUGUGACCGAUUUGAACAAGCAUGACCAAACCAAUGCCGAGAAAAUAUUGAGAAGGCAUAUCCGUACAACAUGCAAAAGGCUUAUUUUUGAGUGUGGAGAGUUUGCUGCAAAGAGGUCAUUUCCCGAGUAUUUGAACACCGCAGCAUCUGAUCUUGCAGCUACCGUCGCGAAUCUUCUCCAGGUCGUCAAAAUCAAGCCCUCAACGCCUGAAGAACUCAGCAAUUUUUAUGAGUCGCACAUGUCUGCUGAGGAUGGCAAGGCCCCGCAGCAACUUACAUUACGGCACAUGGUUCGCCAAGAGCUUUACUGCUCCGAAUCAUCACAGUCAGAUUAG